AUGAAGAAAAAUAAGAAAAAAGAUUCAAAACGCUAUUCCAGAACUUUAGCAAACAUUGAUAAAAAAUGGCAAGUCGCGGCUAAACAACUACAGACACAAGCCGUAAUCAUUUCUUCCGAAGAAUAUAUUGAAGAAGUUCGUUCCAUUGUUAUACACGGCUUCUUGCAAAAUGAUAACAAACAAGCUUCACGCGAUAAUCAGAAUGAUAUUCCUGACGAUGUCACUUUAGCUAUUCUAAAAAGAAGAUCUUGCGAAAGUAGUGAAUUAGAAAAUGACGAAGAAGACAAUAUAUCUCCAUGUGAAUUGAGUACUGGUAAUAAAAAUUACACUAAUGAUGAAAUUGAUGAGAAUUCUGAUAACGAAGUUUACACUGACAACAUAGUUGAUGGGGUAGAAAGAAAAAGCAAAAUUCCUCUGCAAGAAAAGAAAAGGAAAGAAAUAAACAAUGGUUUUAAUUUGAUGGAUAAAAAUAAAAUGUGGAAAUUAUCAUCUGGUUAUUAUGUUGAAGAGAAAUUAUACAAGUUAGAAAACUAUGAGCA